AUGGAACAAUUUGUCGAGGAAUAUCCUACGCUUUUCCCGUUUGUCCAAGUGACUGAAAAAAAUUGGUUUUACAACGUGUUGAGAACAAUUUUUUACAGAAACGAGUCGACGCUCAGGCGCAUCGAUCGUUUCUUGUCCAAGCGUAGUUACCGCGACGCCGACGGACAGACGAGAUUCCGUUCGGUCAAUCCGGACACGGCCGAGGCCAUUUGGUCGUGGACUUACCGGACACCGCUGGACAAGCUAAAAGUAGUGGUCGUCAGACAAGACCCGUACGUGACCAAUCACCCGAACGGAUCGGUGGCCGACGGGUUGGCUUUCUCAACCAAAUGGGGUUAUUUGACGCCCAGUCUGUCGCGCAUAUUCGACGCCGUGCGCCAACAGUGCGGGCGCCACGUCAACUUGGGCCAUACCAAUUUGGACAACUGGGCCAGACAGGGCAUACUGCUCUUGGACACCGCCAUGACGAGCGGGACGAGGCCCAAGUCGCACCGGCAUCUGGGCUGGACCGCACUGACCGAAGCCAUCAUCCGGUCAGCGUGCGGAUAUGCUUUGAACGUGUUGCAACGGCCCCUGAUAUUUCUCCUGUGGGGAUACCAUGCCGCGUCCCUGGCCAGACACCUGUAUGCUCACGACGGCUCGGUUACCAGGUAUCCGUUCAAAUCAAUUGCACACAAAGAAGAUGCUGUCAUGCAUAAAGGAACUUUACUUACAACACCUUGCGAUUGA